CUCUCCCACGACUAACUCCCCGUUCUUCCCAGCAAAACUAACCUGAAAUCCCUUCUUUCUUUCAAGAUUUCAGCUAUGGAGAGCGGAAAACGAAAAAGGAAUACAAAAAAGAAAAACUCUAGUUCAGAUUCUCAUGAUCACCCAAAGAAGCUCGUCUCUGCCCCUCAAAAAUCAUCUUCUGUAGAUAACUCCAACUCGAAGCGUAGAAAUACCAAUGCAGUAGUACCUGAUGGAGGAGGAAAACAAUUGACUUUCCUGGAAAAGGCGAAAGCUAGGUUAUCUGGUGGACAUUUCAGGAUGAUAAAUGAGAAAUUGUAUACUUGCAGUGGUGAAGAAGCACUCAAUUAUUUCAAAGAAGAUCCUUCUUUGUUUAAUAUGUAUCAUACUGGAUAUCAAGAGCAAAUGUCACAUUGGCCUGAGACACCAGUUAAUGUUAUUAUCCAAUGGCUUAAAGAACAUGACCCGUAUUUGAUUGUUGCUGAUUUUGGCUGUGGGGAUGCUCGGCUAGCUAAAAAUGUGAAGAACAAAGUCUGUGUGAUGAUUGUGGGCUGUCUUCGGUGGACGGGGUUGCUAGCUUUUUCUUCUACACAUUGUGCACAUUAUUCUUACGCAAUGUUGUUGCAAGCUUAUAAUGGUGGGCUGUCAACCCCGCAGAUGAGCUUGACACCCCUUGCUUCUUCAUCAGUGGAUGUUGCAGUUUUCUGUCUUUCAUUGAUGGGGACCAACUUCCCUAGUUAUCUUACGGAAGCGCAUAGAGUUCUUAACUCAAGUGGUUGGCUCUUAAUAGCUGAGGUUAGAAGCAGGUUUGAACCAAACAAUGGAGGAACAGCUCCUGAUGGGUUUCUACAAGCUGUCUGUGAUCUUGGAUUUACUUUAACAUCUAAGGACUACUCAAAUAAGAUGUUUCUCUUGUUCUUCUUCAAGAAAGAGCAAGAGAAGCGAAAGUCAAAGAACAAAGAAAUUGAAUGGCCAACCCUGAAGCCGUGUUUAUAUAAGCGUUGGUGAUGUGUUUCUGUUUCAAGGUGAUCUGUUGUUGUUUCAUAGUACUUAAAAUUGUGAUUUGAGUUGUUUCAUAGUACUUAAAAUUGUGAUUUGACUUCGUAUAUUAUUUUCUGUAUAAUGAUUCAUCAUGGUAAUCACCAAGUUCUGUUAGUGUAAUUGGUGUUUGCCAUUUAGAAGUGAAUUAUUAAGAUCGGAAACUGAUGUUACUACAAUUCCCACCUUACCUUGCCAA